AAUUUCCUCAACGACAUCCGCGUACAUUAAUGGCAGUGGUUCAUAACCAAGCUGUUUAGUAAGGUCCACCGUCCAUGGAAUAGAUCAAUCAGAUGAUAGGAAACAAAUACAAAACUUAAUUUCAACUCAGCUCGGCCUUGCUUUGCCUGUUUGUAAUUAAUCAUCAGUCUUUCACUCACUCCUAUAAAGCACUUUUUCCUCAGCCUUCUUCUCCCUCACAUAUAAUUCAUGUAGUUCUUCCUUCAUCAACUCCUUAAUUUGAUCUCCAGCUCCUCCUCUUCCUUCCUUCACUUGCUUUCACACAUUCCAAGAAUUAACCAUUAUUUCUCGUCUUUCAAGGUUGGCAAAUCUGAAAGUUGCUGUGCUUGAACGUCCGCAGCGACGCCAUAUUUUCAUGUGCAUUGCUUGAGGUUCUUAGAUAUCGCAAGUCAAGAAAGGUGUUGUUCUUUACGUGUGGGUCCGUCGAUCAAAUGGAGAUAUCAACGGCGCUAAUGUUCUUAUCGGCUGUCUCUGUAUAUUUACUUUGGUUCAAAUUCAUCUCUCGGUCUUUGAGAGGCCCGCGUGUCUGGCCUCUAUUGGGGAGCCUGCCUGGUCUCAUCCAGCAUUCUAAUCGCAUGCAUGACUGGAUCGCGGACAAUCUUCGAACGUGCGGCGGCACGUACCAGACUUGCAUCUGUGCUCUUCCAUUUUUGGCUCGGAAACAGGGGCUCGUGACGGUCACAUCCGACCCUAAGAACGUGGAACACAUUCUUAAGGUCCGGUUCGAUAAUUACCCCAAGGGUCCAACCUGGCAGGCAGUGUUCCACGAUUUGCUCGGAGAUGGGAUCUUUAACUCCGAUGGUGACACUUGGCUAUUCCAACGAAAGACCGCCGCACUAGAAUUCACCACUCGGACGUUGCGCCAAGCCAUGGCUCGGUGGGUGAGUCGGGCCAUUAAGUUUAGGUUCUGCCCUAUUCUCGAGAUGGCUCAGCUAGAAGGAAAGUCGGUUGAUCUUCAAGACCUCUUGCUUCGGCUCACUUUCGAUAACAUCUGUGGCUUGGCUUUUGGUAAAGAUCCACAGACUCUAUCCAUGGGACUACCCGAGAAUGGCUUUGCUUUGGCUUUCGACCGAGCCACCGAAGCCACGCUGCAACGCUUUAUUGUGCCUGAGAUAGUGUGGAAGCUAAGGAAAUGGCUCCGGCUCGGAAUGGAAGUCAGCUUGAGCAAAAGCUUGCAACACAUCGACCAAUACUUAACCAACAUCAUCGACACACGUAAGCUCGAGCUGCAGAGUCAGCAACAAGGUGGCAUCGGGUCCCAGCACGAUGACCUGCUGUCAAGGUUCAUGAAGAAAAGGGAUUCCUACUCGGACGAAUUUCUCCAACACGUGGCUCUUAAUUUCAUCUUAGCUGGACGUGACACGUCGUCGGUCGCACUAAGCUGGUUUUUCUGGCUGGUUAGUCGAAACCCAAGAGUGGAAGAGAAAAUCCUCAUGGAAUUAUGCACCGUCCUGAUGGAGACACGUGGUAACGACCCCUCCAAGUUGGUAGAAGAUCCCUUAGUGUUUGAAGAAGUUGACCAAUUGAUAUACCUUAAGGCAGCAUUGUCCGAGACCUUAAGGCUUUACCCAUCUGUGCCUCAGGACUCGAAGCACGUAGUUGCAGAUGACAUAUUGCCAAGUGGAGCUUUUGUACCAGCGGGCUCAUCCAUCACAUAUUCCAUAUAUGCAAUCGGGCGCAUGGAGUUCAUUUGGGGAGAAGAUUGCCUCGAGUUUAAGCCCGAGAGAUGGUUAUCCCUAGACCAGAAGAAACUCGAGGUACAAGAUUCAUUUAAGUUUGUCGCCUUUAAUGCAGGUCCAAGGAUUUGUUUAGGGAAAGAUUUGGCUUAUUUGCAAAUGAAGUCGAUUGCGGCGGCGGUGCUGUUGCGACACCGGCUGUCGGUGGUGCCGGGCCACCGUGUGGAGCAGAAGAUGUCCUUGACGUUGUUCAUGAAGUACGGGCUCAAGGUUAAUGUGCAGGCAAGGGACUUGAAACCUAUCUUGGACAAGAUUUGCAUAGGUGCAUGAUGACAUAUGCACGCAUGCAGCUCUCAGUUAAUGGCAGUAUCAUGAGGGUGUCUAUUAUGCUACUAAAUCAUGAUUGGCAUCUGUCAUAUAUAUUUACAAGUUCUUAUAUAUAUACGUGUAUUUACUGUAAUCUGUGGAGGAAAGAAGGAUGCAUAUGGUGUGUCUAGGGAGUAAUAUGAUAAAUGGAUCAGAAGAUCAAUAGGAAUAUUGUAAUGAAGCGGCAGGAAUAUCGAGAUCGAGCUGCUAUUAAUUAUCAAAGAUUACAUUUGAUCA